CUUUUCCUUUGCUUUCAAACAUUUUUCGCUCUAAACUUCAAUCAAUUUUUCACUUUCUAUAACUUGUACAUUUGAUAAAAACACAUGAAAAAACUAACAUAAACUAUUCAGUUUGUAGUAAUUAAGCCAAUAUUCGAAAUCCUUAUAGCUAUAAAUAGCCUCAUAAACCGUUACAGCCCACUACCUCCACCACUUCUACCACUCCAUCUUCCAACUUGUUCUCUAAUCAUUCAUUCACAUCUCAUCUCUCUCUUCCAGUUUCUUCAACAUUUUUUCAACAAAAUGUCAAACAAUAACUAUCCUCUUCCCUUUCUCUUCCUCCUAAUCACACUAUCUUGUUCCUUCCAUUUCUCAACUGCAAAAUCAUCCACAUACAAUGUAAUCAAAUUCGGAGCCAAACCUGACGGAAUAACCGAUUCCACUAAAGCAUUCCUGAAUGCUUGGACUAAGGCAUGUUCAUCGCCGUAUCCCGCAGCAAUUUACGUUCCGCAAGGGAAAUUCUUACUCGGAACCGUAACAUUUAGUGGAAAUUGUGCUAACAAAGCUAUUUCCAUAACGAUUGAUGGUACUUUGAUUGCUUCGUCUAAUUACCGUGUCGCCGGUAAAGGCGGUACGUGGUUGAGAUUUCAGCAUGUUGACGGAGUUUCGAUUCGCGGCGGUGUGCUUGAUGGCCAGGGGACUGCCUUGUGGAAAUGUAAAAAUUCAAACAAAAAGAAUUGCCCAACCGGAGCCACGACACUGGAAUUUAUUGGCUCAAAAAACAUUAUGAUCACUGGAUUGACAUCUAUAAAUAGUCAAAUGUUUCACGUAGUGUUUAAUGGAUGUCAAUAUGUAAAAACACAAGAUGUAAACAUCGUGGCCGCCGGAAACAGCCCGAACACCGACGGCAUCCAUGUCCAAAUGUCCUCCCAUGUCACCAUCAUUCACUCCAAAAUUCGCACCGGUGAUGAUUGUAUCUCAAUCGGACCUGGAACCAAUAGCUUGUGGAUUGAAAACAUUGAAUGUGGACCAGGACAUGGAAUAAGCAUUGGAAGCUUAGGAUGGGAAUUAAAUGAAGCAGGUGUACAAAAUGUGACAGUUAAAAGAGUUACAUUCACAGGAACUCAAAAUGGUGUUAGAAUAAAAUCAUGGGGUAGAGCUAGCAAUGGAUUUGUUAGGAACAUUUUUUUCCAAGAUGCAACUAUGGUUAAUGUCCAAAACCCUAUUGUCAUUGACCAGAAUUACUGUCCAAACAACAAAAACUGCCCCGGGCAGGCUUCUGGAAUUAAAAUCAGUGAUGUAACAUACGAAGACAUUCAUGGAACAUCAGCAACAGAAGUAGCAGUGAAAUUUGAUUGUAGUUCAAAGUAUCCAUGCAAUGGGAUAAAAUUGAAGGAUGUUAAACUUACUUACAAAAACCAAAUAGCUGAAGCAUCUUGUAACCAUGCUGCUGGAGCUGCAUUGGGUUUAGUUCAACCACACAGUUGCUUAUAAAAUAAAUUUGCUAUAAUCACAAAAAACAUAUUAUUAAGGAAAGAUUCUUGAUAUAUAUAGAUAAUGAAUUCGUACUAAUAGCACUAUGUUGUAAUUUGAGAAGUUGCUACUUUUUGGUUCAUUGCUUGAUCUGAGGUGUUUGUGGCCAUUGGGCCACAUUGGAAGCUGGUGUUGCAAUUGUUAUGGACAAUAUUGAAAGUCCAAUUUUCUAUUACUUGAUUGUAUUUCUAGUAUUCAAAAUUUAUACGCAUAUAUUUGUAACAAGGAAAAUGAAGGGUAUAUGAAUUAUAUUGGAAUUUUUAUAGA